AUAAUAGGUAGAUAUAGCUAAUUAACAGUAGUAUUGAGAAGUUUUUUGUAUUUGGCUUUUAUAUGGGAAAAUUAAUGAAGACACCCUCUUCCUCACCACCUCUGCAUGUGCAUGUGCCAGAGACCAUACCUGUGCAUGUGCACCUGAAGAAGAGUCAGAAGAGUUCCUCUGCUAAAACACCCCAGAUGAAGAUCAAAGAGGCGAAAAUGAAGGGGGAUGUAGCGAACCUUCGCGCCUCGGCCAGAAAGAAGGCACAGGUGCCCUGGAUACCUCCAGGCAAGGCCUCGAUACGAGACGUCCUGUAUAAGUGGGAGGGACCAACGCACCGCCUGGAGAUCAGGCCGGUGCCAGAGCCGGAUCUUUCCCCACCUGCGCUGCGAUUGGCCGAUCUGUCGUCUGAGGAGGAGGAAGUGCUGCACGGGCGAAUCAACCAGUACGAGAAGAAGAUUGACAGUCUAAUGACGGAGGUCGGCUCACUGAAGAGUGAGGUGAAACUGCGGAAGAAGGAGCAGCAGCUGGAGCGUCAGUCGGAGAAGCUCAGUGCGUCUCAUCGUGUGAUCAAGGAGCAGGAGGAGGAGCUGGAGGGGUUCACCAAAGAGCUGGAGGUCACCGAGCGAGAAAACGCCCGCCUCCGCCAGUCCAUCGAGAAGAUGCGGGAGGAGUCGGACCACACCAGGUUUGAGACAGAGGCACUGUUGGAGGAGAAGGGCACCCUGCUCAGGAAGCUGGUGGAGGCAGAGAUCGACGGGGCAGCUGCUGCCAAGCAGGUGUCGGCCCUGAAGGAGACCAUGGGCAAGAUCAGGGCAGAGAAGCGGAUGUCGGGGUCAGACUCCGCCCUGCUGGCACGGCAGAAGGAGCUGCUGAUGCAGAAGCUGGAGACUUUCGAGGGCACCAACCGAGCCCUGCGCCACCUCCUGAGGGAGCAUCACGGGCAGGAGACAGAGCUGAUCAGGUUGUCGGAGCAGAGGGAGGUGCUCAUAAAGAGGCUGGCUGAUGCAGAGACAGAGAAGACGAAUCUUCUGGUGGAACUCCAAGACAAAGAGAAGGAAGUUGAACAGCUGGCUUUGCUUUUGGAGACUGAGAAGGAAAAUGCGAAGACGACAGGGGAGCUCUCCAAAGUUCUGGAGUCUGCUCGUGCUCACCUUCACGAGCAACUGCGCAGCAAGGAGGGAGAGAGCAGCCGCCAGAGCGUCCAGAUUAGAAGCCUGGAGCGGAAGGUUAGCCAGCAGCAGGGGGAGGUGGAGCACCUGCUGGAACAGCUUAAGGCGCUGCAGCAGACCUACGACGUGGACAAAGAGUCCCUGAAGCGGGCAACGCGAGAACAGAAACAUCGGGCGGAGCGCAGUGAGGACACGGCCGGGCACCUCAGCACGCAGCUCCUGGAGAAGGAGACAGAGCUGACAGAGGCCCGGGCGGCAGUGGAGAGCUGGCGAAAUCGGCACGCCCAGGAGCUGAAGGAGAAGAACCAGCUUGAGGUGGAGAUCACCGUUCUCAGCAACCAGGUGGCAACCCUGACGGAUCAGCUGCACAGCGCGGAAGACAAGGCCCGGGCGGAGAUAGAGGGGCUUCUGAGCCGCCUGCACUGCCUCACCUCUGACAGCACCACCGCCAGGCUGGAGAACCAGAGGCUCAAGGCCACGCUGUCAACCAUGGAGGAGAAGCUGAGCCUGUCCCAGUCUGAGGUGCAGCAGUUAAAGACCUCGGUGAAGCAGUAUGAGAGCCUAGUGGACAACUACAAGAGCCAGGUUCAGAAGACCCGCGCGGAGGUGGACGAUUACCGGCUGAAGCUGGGGGUGGCGGAGAAGGAGGUGCAGGGUGUGCGGGGCGAGCUGGAGCGGGAGGUGGAGGCGGUGCGGAGGCAGCUGCUGGGUAGGCUGAAGGAGCUGGAGCCUCUGCCCGAUGCGCUGAGGCGCGCGGAGCAGCAGCUGCGGGAGGCCGAGGAGCAGGUGCAGGCGCACGAGAGGAGGAGCGGGGAGCAGAGCAGCACCCUCGCCGACGUCCGCCUCAAGGUGGAACAGCAGAGCAGCCGCAUGGAGGCUGUAAGAGAGAAGAACCUGUUACUGCUGGAGGAGAACAAGCAGCUGAAACACAGGGUGGAGAGUCUGGAGAGGAAGCUGGAGGAGACCAAUGCCAGUAACCAAGACCUGGUGCAGGCUAUCACCAAAAAGGAGGAGACGAUCCACAGCAGCCAGCUGCACCUGGAGGGGAAGUCCCGGGAGUGCAGUGUCUUGGCCAGGCAGCUGGAGGAUGCCCUGGACGAUGCACGGCGGCAGGCGGAUCUGACCCGGGACCGGGCGGUCUCCAAGGAAAGGUCGGCACAGUCUAGGGUUCUGGACCUGGAAACUCAGCUGCGUCUCACCCAAGCGGAACUCGACCAGCUGCGUCGCAAUAAGGAGGAUACAGAGCGCAGGUACCAGACCCGGCUGCAAGAUGUGAAGGACCGCUUGGAGCAGUCCGACAGCACCAACCGAAGCUUGCAGAACUAUGUUCAGUUCCUCAAGACCUCCUACGCUAAUGUUUUCAGUGACUCAGUGCUAAGCAGCGCCCCUCUCCACCCCUCCUCUCCUCUCUGA